UACGGUUCGAACUGGAAAAAUGUACAAGUGCGGGGGCUUGUUUGUGACACAUUCUAGGGUUUUCCAUGUAAUUGUCCCAAGAUCUACUUCUGUACCCCUUUCAUCUCAUCUGAAAACGAACAAAGCUCGCCGGCAACGAAAGCACAGGGGCAUCAAAUUAAACGCUGCGACAUAUUGAGUGCGAAAAGAUUUGAGAGGAAGGAUUUGUGGUGAAUUGAUAUGCUAGUGGACCAUUAAUUGAUGCUAAAGUUGCAAUAAACAGUCGCAAUUGCAAUCGCUGACCUUAAACCCAAAUAUUCAUUUUUGGUUAUGUAAGAUAAAAUUUUCCCAAUGAAUUCUGUUUUCUUACCAUCAUCUCUCCUCCUCCAUCCCCCAGCUCUCCAUCGGUCUGCAUUUUGUAUUCAUUCACAGCCUCAUUAUAAUUUCUGUCGCAAUAAUCAUCAGCGUCUUUGUUCUCUUUCAUUAAAGUCCCCAGUCUUUUCUUGUCAUUCCUUGCGCCAUCGUCACUUGUCCACUGGUGCUACAGCUCCUUCAAAUGAAGGAGAAGGAGCAGUCGCUGUAUUUAAUUUCGAAGAUUUUCCGGAGAAAGAUUGGUCGUUUCUUGAAACUGGUGAUAUAAAUUCUGAUGAGGAGCUCAAACGGAAGAUCAAUCUGAUACUUUCAGCUGGAGAGAUUGAAGAGACUUCGAGGGUUUUGGUUUCAAUUGGUUCCGAAGGAUUUGUGGACCAAAUAAUGAAUUCAUUGACUUGCGAACUAUUGCUGGUUGUCCAUGACUCCUUGUUAGUAUUGUGUUGCAUAAAAGAAAAGUACGAUUUUGUUAGAUGCUGGCAGGGUGAACUGAUUUAUGUGCCAGAGGAAUGGGCACCCUUUGAUGUGGUGUUUCUUUACUUCUUGCCCGGUUUGCCCUUUGAACUCGAUCAGAUUUUUGGAGCACUCGGUAAAUGUUGUUUGCCAGGUGCAAGAAUUGUGAUCAGUCAUCCGCAAGGGAGGGAGGUGUUGGAACAACAAAGACGACAAUUCCCUGAUGUGGUAACCUCCAACUUGCCAGAUAAGAUGACAUUGCAGAACACGGCCGCUGAUCAUUCAUUUCAGAUGAUUGAAUUUGUAGAUAAACGCGGCUUUUACCUUGCUGUUUUGAAAUUUAGUGGAAAUGACUCAGGCAAGUAGACCAACAAAUCUGAAGUCGGAACAGUUGAAAAAUACUUGAAAUUUUGUGUACUAGUAUUGUGAUUGGAGUGAAUGGAAAUUAGAUUUCUCAGUGA